AUGUAUUCAGACAAUGUCAAGAGCACAACCACAGUAUUGGAGAUUUCUUUUGCAUAUGACAAAAAACAUAUUUGUUUUCGUUCUGAUCCUGAUAUUGCUCAUUUGUUCUGUAUUCAUAAAAAUAUUCUUCAAGGAAUGAAAAAAAGUGAAGAAAGAAAAUCACAGUUGCACAUGCUAGUGAAACCAAGAUGUAAUCCAAGGUCAAAACAGUAA